UUGGGGGCACAUGUAAUCCUGUUAAUGUCUCACACUGCGCUAUGCCAAUACACAAAGCUGAGGAUCCACGAUCGCAGGGAGUAACGGGCUGCAGUUCUGGAGAAUAUGAACUUUGCAAGUGUAAUUCCUCCCAUGGUUGGUCAUGGACGGGAACGCACCAUUGUGUGCGUGCGCGGAGGGAAGCCCAGGCUCCUCCUCGGACCCCCCCCCAAACCCCGCCAACCGCAGACAGCUCCCCAGGUACAGAGAUGCCUGGAAUCAAAGGAAGGGGGGCGCAGGGGAGCGAGGCCAGGGGUGUCCGCUUUUGUUUAGCAGAAAAAGGGGGUUUGUUCGUAACGGUCCGGGCUUUAAGCGGAGCCGCGCCACCCCAGAGCUUGACUCUGGAGAGCUGUGGGAUGGGAUCAGAGGACGGAUCAGCGGAGCGUCCUGCACACAGUCCCGCCAAAGCUGCGCGGAGCGAGCGCAUCCACAGCCCUGACGCGCACCUGGGGUCUGCAGAGGACGACGGCUCUGGAGCUUCUGACUGAAACGGCCGCAGGAAAAGUCUCCUGGUUCUGCAAGCGCGCCAACGCACCCGCGCAGCAGUGCUGACAUCCUGACUUUCAAGGACAUUUUCUUUAUUUGCCCUAAAGGACUAGAAAGGAUGUCAGGUGUGAGCGCAUGCGCCUUAUGCCCGUCUCUUUGAUCUACAGCGGAUUUGAAAGAAAUAAUAGCCGUUUUUAUAGUGAGUUCAGACUUUGGAAGUCUUUUUUACUCCAUUCAUGAUGAGAGCCGUACCAUGUAGCUAUGUGUUUCUGCAUUUAUUUGCCUUCUGCCACUAUGCACAGGUAACCAAUCAGUCCCCGCCUAAUUUCACGCAGCAUGUAAGCGAGCAGAGCAAAGCGACGGACCACGUCAGCCGCCGGCUGAUACGCGUCUACCAGCUGUACAGCCGGACCAGCGGCAAGCACGUGCAGGUCCUGUCCAACAAGAAGAUCAACGCCAUGGCCGAGGAUGGAGAUGUGCACGCAAAGCUCAUCGUGGAGACGGACACAUUUGGGAGUCAAGUGCGCAUCAAGGGAGCCCAGACGGGCCUUUACAUCUGUAUGAACAAGAAGGGGAAGCUCAUUGGCAAGAAAAACGGACAGAGCCGUGACUGCAUCUUCACCGAGAUUGUUCUAGAAAACAACUACACCGCGUUGAGGAACGCCCACUACAGUGACUGGUACAUGGCAUUUACUCGCCGUGGGCGACCUCGAAGAGGCUCACAAACUCGCCAGCACCAGCGUGAGGUCCAUUUUAUGAAAAGAUUGCCAAGGGGGCAGCAAGUCAUCCACUCAAGCCAACAUAGGCCUUUCGACUUCAUCCACUCGUUAGUUAGUCAAAGGACUAAACGCACACGAUACUCCUCAGAGCUCAGACAACCAUAAAGACAGAGACAGACUAAAUUAUUUACCACUACACUUGUUCUUUUUCUCCAAAAUGGGACGUUUUGUACUAUAUCAGUAACUUAUUUUCAAGUCUUCUUGAAGUAAGGAAAGUUGUAAUAUAAAACCUCAAAUCUGUUUUUGUAUUCCACACUUUUAGCACCGACACUUGAAGGACAAAUCAAAGUAAGCCAAGUCAUUGGAUGCAAAAGGUCCACUCCAUGACUCAUCCUGAUUGUUUUGCAUGUUAUUAUGAGCAGCAGAGGUAUUUCUUGGACUGUUGCCCAAUGCUCAAGGAGACUUGAAGAGGACUAUUGCAGAGGGAAUGCUGUUUUCAGAGACAUUGCCAGAUGCUGCACUGUGAAGCUUGGGGGCUGAGAAACAUUUCCCUCCUUCUGCACUGGGAUCAUGGGACAUCUUUCCUGAAAACGACCUCUGCUUGAGUCUGGAGUGAUGGAGCAUUGUGGCAAAAACACCACCCAAUCAAGUGCUGACUCAACUGUCAAAGCCUCUGCCACUACUUUUGUGUUCUUGGUUCUUAUACAAAUGUGCUUUUAUAAAAAUAUAGAAUUAUUUUUUUUAAAUUUUAGAAUGUGUAGAGUAUUUUUCAAAAGAAAUAUUUAUUACAAAUGUUAAAUAAAUACACAUUAGAAUACUGGUA